GCAUGACAAUCUGCAAGCUGUGAUACUCUAGAUAUACCUUCACAGAUCCUGAGCAUCUAGCCUACAAUCAAACAGGUCUGCUAGCUACUGGCCAGUGAUCUUGAGAUAGCAUUCUUGAACCGAUAACCUCGUACCCUACACCACGUCUUUAGCCUAAAAACGAAAUCACGAAAUCACGAAACUAUCGUCAUGACCGUAUCAAUACAACCUCCUAUCAGCAUAGAGAACGACGUCUUUACAGAGAACAGUGCUCAGUCCAAUGGUGUUGUCAGGGGAGGAAUCCUGCCACCACAGACGAUGAAGGGCAAGGAACGGGCAAGCGAUGUCGGAGAUCACGUCUUUGCUGGCAAGAGCGUACGACCUACCGUCACCUUCAGUCCUCAUCCAAGACACCAUCCUUUUCGCUCCGAUGCGAGGGUAUCUACGUCUCUGCGCACGAUUGGACGACAGAGCUCAUACAUCUAUACACCAAAAGGGCCCGAGCCAGAUCGAGCAGACGCCAACCCCGACCCCGAGUCUCCGACCCGCACGCCUCGACCAGGAGAUACUCUACUCACCUCAGCUUCUACGCCAAAGUCCAUUCUGAAACGAAAUCGACAGAUUCCUAUCCGAGUUGCCGCAAGCGUCGAAGAGGGGACGAGGGGAAACGCCGAGGAACUGCGCCAGUCGGGCAGAAAGGCUCGACCGGUACUACAGGUCAGGGACAGUUUUGCGAUCAACAAAGAUCGAAGCAACCCUAUUGGGAAUGCUACCUCUAAUACCCUUGCCGGAGUCAGCGCCGCUGGUAGUCAAGGCUUCCGCGACGCCGAAGUGCCUAGUUCCGAUCAUACCAAUACUUCGGAGGACGACGCGAACAAACCGGGGCAAAGUCGAGAUGACGAGGCUCCAUCAGGAGACCGAGAAGAAGGUCAAGAGGGCAAUGAGGAUGCCAAUCCGCUAGAUGUCGAAAUGGUACAACUCGUUUCCUCUCCUUCCUCGAUCGAUUCCCUGUUGGAGAUCAUCCUCAAUGAGCUUGACGAUCUGCUCGCAGUCGAAGACGCCUAUUUGCUCCUCUUCGCUCGUCUGAAGAAAUGCUUUGCGAUCAACGAAGAUACCGAAACCUUGGGACGAAGUGCAGAACAGCAGCAGGAACGGGAAGACAUUCUGAGAAAUGUCCGUUCGCACACCUCCGAAGUGUUUCGUGCUCUGACAAGAGAUAUCAAGCGCUUGGUACAGCCUGCUUCGAAUGAGACGAGAUUCCUGGGAUCUUCGUCGCCCAUUCCACACAUGACCGAUCCUCCCGCGACGCCUUCUCCGUCUCCGCAGGAAGCUGCGGGCUCGGACGACGAAGACACGCCUAAACCGCGACGUCAAGGCUAUUCGGAAGCCGAAGUACGGGAGAGACGCGCCGCUGCUGGAGUUGGACAAGCGGCUUUGAAGGUUCUGUCGUUCAUCGGAUACCAUCAAGAACUUCACGAACAUUUUUCGGAAGCCGACUUGACCAGCCUCCUCUCUACCACUCUUGUCAUCCCGGCAACACCGAAGUUGAACACGCCCAAUUCCAAGCGGACAUACGCGUUCGCCAUCUACGUGCUCUCGCUCCUGCGAGUACCGAGCGCAUGCUUGAUCCCGAUAUCCGGCAAGAUCCUUCAAGCGUUGCUUAACGCCACUGGUGAAUUCGGCAUGCAAUUCUGGCGCGGCAGCCAAGCGAAAGACGGGCCAGCUGGUGGGAAUGUCAAAGCCAAGAUGGAGGGAUAUUCGGCAAUUUGGAAUGUUUGCCGCUACUACCCUUCGAUCUUUCUACCGUAUCACAAAGACCUCGUCCCAGAGAUCAUCAAGGGCAUCGUCCAUGGUAAUCCUCAGGUCAGGGCACGAGCUUCCGCAGCAGCCGGUGGAUUCGCUAAAGGCAAAUUGAUCUGGUUGCGCGAAUCGCGAGCAUCGCUCAGGGACAUAGUCGAGGCAGGGCAGAGCGAAGACGAGUCCGAUGAACAGUGGACUUCGAGACGGCUUGAAGCGGAAAAGCGAUGGAAGGUGGCAAGAGACGUAGCCGCAGAAUCUGAGGCGACGACGGUGCAACAACUGAAACGUGGAUCGAAAGCGCCUUACGGCCAAGAGGGCGUUCGCCGGAUGGUCGUUUGGGACGAAGUGGAAAAAAUGCUCACGCAGACCAUGAUCAACGACCCGCACUGGUCGUGCGCUUCUUGGGCAUGUCUUGUGACCUUGCUGGGAGACGGCUACAUCAACGACUCUCAACGUUACAAGUCCAUGCAGCACGUGGAAGCGAUUGGACACCGAAUCGAGUCAAACCUAUUUGAAAGCCUGUGGAUCAGAGGUAGUUGGUCUCGUGUUCGCGGCGGUCUCCGCCAUUUUGGGCAACGCGCCCGAUCGAAAUGAAGCCGAUGACACCAUCCAAGCGGGUCGUGACACUCGACUCGAUCAGUUAUGGAAGACUAUCGAACCAGUCCUGCAAAGCAUGAUGGCAGUGCGCGCCGUA